UAUCACAUCAUCAUCAUUGCGUGAUGUUCCUGGAGGGGCACCUGGGGCCCGUGCUGGGCGCCGACUGGGCCCCCGCCGGCCACCAGCUCGCCACCUCCGCCGCCGACCACCAGACUAAAAUCUGGGAUCUGAGACGGAGAGCGAUACUGUACACCAUUCCAGCGCAUACGCAUCUAGUUAGCGAUGUAAGGUACCAACGCAGCCACGGCCACUUCUUGCUGACGUCAUCGUACGACAAGUCGGCGAAGCUCUGGUCCAACCCAGCCUGGCAUCCGCUCAGGACCUUAUCAGGACAUGAUAAUAAGGUGAUGAGCGCUGACAUAUCCUACGACAACAAAUACAUAGCCACAUGUUCUUUCGACCGGACGUUCAAGCUGUGGGCUCCGGACUUAUCUUAGAACUAAUAAACAUCAAAAUACGUUGACAGUGUGUGUUAACUGCGCACGCAGCCGUGACGUCAUAUCGACAUUGUAAAUGAAUUGACAGGUUAGUUUGUAAG